GGUGCGACAUUUAGGGAAGGCAGAAAGUAGGUCAGGGACGGAGGUGCCUGUUUACCCGCGCCGGACUCACCGCCGCCGCCGCCGCGGGAUCCGAGUGCGGGCGCGGGCGCGGGCGCUCCCGGCGAGCCUCGGUGGUACUGGCAAGAGUGCAUGCUUUUGGACCCAACAUCUUUUCAAAUGUGGAAUCCUAGGCCAUCAUUGGGUUUUGGAAGAACUUGACUGCCUGGAAGGAAAUUGCGAAACAUGAGAAUCACUUUGAGGUGACCACCAAGUCCUCCAGCCCCUUGGUCCUCCCAAACUGAUCUGGGGUCUAAGGACCUUAAUUUCAGAUGAGGAAACUCAGGUCCAGAAGGAGGGAGUGACCGCUCUAGUCAUCCCGUGGAGCCCAGAGCCCUGACACUGCAGGGCGCGGCCUCUUCAGCUGGUUUAGAGUUGGAGCCCUCUGCAAGAGCUCCCAAUGGCAGACCAGAGAAUGGACAUUUCCUCCACAAUCAGUGACUUCAUGUCCCCCGGCCCUACCGACCUGCUCUCCAGCUCCCUGGGCACCGGCAGUGUGGAUUGCAACCGCAAGCGGAAGGGCAGCUCCACCGACUACCAAGAAAGCAUGGACACAGACAAAGAUGACCCUCAUGGAAGGUUGGAAUACACAGAACACCAAGGAAGGAUCAAAAAUGCAAGGGAAGCUCACAGUCAGAUUGAAAAGCGGCGCAGGGACAAGAUGAACAGUUUUAUUGACGAACUGGCUUCUUUGGUACCAACAUGCAACGCGAUGUCCAGAAAAUUAGAUAAACUUACCGUGUUGAGGAUGGCCGUUCAGCACAUGAAGACGCUAAGAGGUGCCACUAAUCCAUAUACAGAAGCAAACUACAAGCCAACUUUUCUGUCAGAUGAUGAAUUGAAACACCUCAUUCUCAGGGCAGCAGAUGGAUUUUUGUUUGUCGUAGGAUGUGACCGAGGGAAGAUACUCUUUGUCUCAGAGUCUGUCUUCAAGAUCCUCAACUACAGCCAGAACGAUCUGAUUGGUCAGAGUUUGUUCGAUUACCUGCACCCUAAAGAUAUCGCCAAAGUUAAGGAGCAGCUCUCCUCCUCCGACACCGCACCCCGGGAGCGGCUCAUAGAUGCAAAAACUGGACUUCCAGUUAAAACAGAUAUAACCCCUGGGCCGUCUCGAUUAUGUUCUGGAGCACGACGUUCUUUCUUCUGUAGGAUGAAGUGUAACAGGCCUUCAGUAAAGGUGGAAGACAAGGACUUCCCCUCCACCUGCUCAAAGAAAAAAGCAGAUCGAAAAAGCUUCUGCACAAUCCACAGCACAGGCUAUUUGAAAAGCUGGCCCCCUACAAAGAUGGGGCUGGACGAAGACAAUGAACCAGACAAUGAGGGGUGCAACCUCAGCUGCCUUGUCGCCAUCGGACGGCUGCAUUCUCACGUGGUUCCACAACCAGUGAAUGGGGAAAUCAGGGUGAAAGCUAUGGAGUAUGUUUCUCGGCACGCAAUAGACGGGAAGUUUGUUUUUGUAGACCAGAGGGCAACAGCUAUUUUGGCAUAUUUACCACAAGAACUUCUAGGCACAUCAUGUUAUGAAUAUUUUCAUCAAGAUGACAUAGGACAUCUUGCAGAAUGUCACAGGCAAGUUCUACAGACGAGAGAAAAGAUUACGACUAAUUGCUAUAAGUUUAAAAUCAAAGAUGGUUCUUUCAUCACACUACGAAGUCGAUGGUUCAGUUUCAUGAACCCUUGGACCAAGGAAGUAGAAUACAUUGUCUCAACCAACACUGUCGUUUUAGCCAACGUCCUGGAGGGCGGGGACCCAACCUUCCCGCAGCUCACGGCGUCCCCGCAUAGCAUGGAAAGCAUGCUGCCCUCCGGAGAAGGUGGCCCAAAGAGGACCCAUCCCACUGUUCCAGGGAUUCCAGGGGGAACCAGGGCCGGGGCAGGAAAAAUAGGUCGAAUGAUUGCUGAGGAAAUCAUGGAAAUCCACAGGAUAAGAGGCUCGUCACCUUCCAGCUGUGGUUCUAGCCCACUCAACAUCACAAGUACGCCUCCCCCUGAUGCCUCCUCUCCAGGAGGCAAGAAGAUUUUAAAUGGAGGGACUCCAGACAUUCCUUCCAGUGGCCUACUACCAGGGCAGGCGCAGGAGAACCCAGGUUAUCCGUAUUCUGACAGUUCUUCUAUUCUCGGCGAGAACCCCCACAUAGGCAUAGACAUGAUAGAUAACGACCAAGGAUCAAGUAGUCCCAGUAAUGAUGAAGCAGCAAUGGCUGUCAUCAUGAGCCUCCUGGAAGCAGACGCUGGGCUGGGCGGCCCCGUUGACUUCAGCGACUUGCCAUGGCCGCUGUAAACACUACAUGUUGCUUUGGCAACAGCUACAGUAUCAAAGUGCAUUACUGGUGGAGUUUUACAGUCUGUGAAGCUUACUGGAUAGGGAGAGAACAGCUUUUAUGUACUGACUUCAUAAAAGCCAUCUCAGAGCCAUUGAUACAAGUCAAUCUUACUAUGUGUAACUUCAGACAAAGUGGAACUAGGCCUGCUCCAGUGUUUCCUCAUCAUUGAUUAUUGGGCUAGCUGUGGAUAGCUUGCAUUAAUUGUAUAUUUUGGAUUCUGUUUGUGUUGAAUUUUUUAAUCAUUGUGCACAGAAGCAUCAUUGGUAGCUUUUAUAUGCAAAUGGUCAUUUCAGAUGUAUGGUGUUUUUACACUACAAAGAAGUCCCCCAUGUGGAUAUUUCUUAUACUAAUUGUAUCAUAAAGCUGUUUAUUCUUCCUUGUAAGAAUCCUUUACUAUAAAUAUGGGUUAAAGUAUAAUGUAUUAGACAGUUAAAUAUUUUUAAUAAAUGUUUCCCUUGUUCUAUAAAUACUGUUCUCACUUCAAAUAAUUAGAAAAAGUCCUACAUGCUGUAGGGUUAUCAUCAGUUCCAACCAUGGGUAUUCCAACAGCUACUAACAUUUCAAUGCCUUUCUGAUCUUUGUAAUGGUUCUGGGAUUUCUAUCAGUUCCUCCAUGCAGAUGUGUUGUGAAAAGUAGUUAAUUUCCAAAUUGUUGCCAUUUUGAUUUAUGUGAAAACAAAGUUAUUGCCUACACACAAAGUUCACAUCCUUGGAAUUUACAAAUUCACAGUU